GGUGCUGAAGGCAUCCGGAAGGUCAAACAUUGUAGUAAAGCUGGAUGGUCAUGUUGGCAUCCAAGGUUUAUUCAGGUUAAUUUGCGCUUCAUAGCGUACUUUCUUGGCAUUUCCAAACGGAACAACAUAUUCAUGUGCAAACAUUUCACGAUGAACUUAAAGCUGCGAGUGACCAGCGACAAGACGAUCGUUACUUUCAACUCCGUAAGGUAGAUACUCCGUCCGCACUUAUCGUAGAUCCUGCCCACGAUUGCAUCUGCAUCGAUGAACCGACUUUGCCUCUUGAUCUUCUCCGUCCGAUCUCUCGUGGAUUAGAGAGGAAGCAAGAGAGGAGCGUUAAUGGAUAUGAACUCUUCUCUUGUAUGCAGGGCCUCUUCGGGUCAUCUGUCACAGUUUGUUUUAUAUUUGAUCACUUUCUCGGACAAGAUAAGUGAUUCUAAAAUCAAGCUUGAUCUUUAACAUGUAAGGCUUCAAACCUCUCGUCACGAACUGGCUUAUACUUCAUUGUACUGUGUUAACCGCAACUUGGUUCCCGCUUCCACGUUUACAAAUGACGUCUCGCCCGCUGGUUCUUCGUAGCGUAUCGUCGUCCUGUCAACAUUUAUAUGGACUUCCAGCGUACGAUCUAUCUGCGCUCUGAUCUACAGAACUCGUACACGAUUCGAGUCGUCAAUCGCAGACGGUGCACAGAAGACGCUGUCUAGCCGAAGCGAUCCGAUUGCAACAAUGCUUGUCCAAGCUUUUAAUGCGGAUCUCCAAUGGCAGGUACAGCGUCUGGAUAGUCACUUCUCACUAUGCAGACAUUAGACCUGCCAUGGGAGAUCUGCUGUCCCAGCUUCAUUGCCUCGCCAUCGCAACAAUCGAAGAUCGGUCGCUCCGCCCAUCUUCUUCUCAAUGCCCUCCAUAGAUCUAGAACUUAUUCAUCGACCCCUACACAAGCCCAUUAUUCUGGAAUAUCUCAUUUCUAGCAAGAUCUCUAGAGACGCAACGUUAUCGAGAAUUUCAUAAAUGCGCUGGAAGAGAUAGGGUUCUCAUAUAUCAGAGUCCGAGCAGCCCUAGCUAGGGCAGAUCCCUGAACACACCAAGCAGAUGUCUGCCAUGUCCAAGGCUCGAUAGAAAGCGAACAAGUUAGCAUUCGCUAACGUAAGAGCCUGGUUUAGUUCGAAGGAAUGGAUUCUGCCGGAAAGGAGAUCGCACACGAUACGCGACGAGUAUUUGCAGACGAAACGGAAUGAUAUACGAGUCUAUUGAACUACUUCUGAACUUAAAGGCAUGGACUUACAUAUGCUAACAUCAGAUGCAGAGCACCACAACCCUCGGUUUGCCUCCUCUUCCCCCCGAGUCUCUACUUAUGUGAAGAAAGUGGCCAUGAGCAGGAUUUCUUGCACAAAACGUUUCAUCGCAUCGCCAAGUCAACGAAUAGCAGGACCGUAUUAUCCACACAAAAAAUCCCUGUGUUUCACAGUGUUCGUAUUCUGCAGUGACUCAAGGAUUCGAAUCUGCAUGAUUUUAUUUACCCAUCCGAAAGACGAGAAGGCUCAGCACAGCACCAGAAUAUUAUCUUCUUCUGCUCACUCUUCAAAUAUAUUUUUUCAAAUUUGUACAUAUAUAGCCAUGGAUUAUACGUACGAAAGCCAGCCCUUUCGGUAAUAAAAGUUCGUGCCUAUUCGUACAUAUAUAGCCAUAUAGUCAUGGACGGACUAGAGAUAUGCCUAGCGCUUGCCGAAAACAUGGACUGUAAAUCGUCUUUACAUGAUGACGAUAGAGAUCACGUGAACUGCUCAAGAUGUCAGUAUUCAGUUUUGUGGAGCUCAGGACCGAGUUCGCUUUGGAGCGAUUUUUGCCUGGUGCAGAUGAUUGGAUGGAGAUA